AGCCUAGAGGCGAGACUGUGCGAAAGAUAGCAGUGAACGGUGAUUUCUGCAGGCAUGUGAAGAUCCAAACAGACCGCAUCAUUCUUGCAAGUCUCAUACUUCUUAUCAAAACAUAUUUUCUCAAUAUUUUACUAUUCUACGUCCCUGAAAGCGGGGUAUAUUUUAGUGCAAAGAUGACUGCGUUAUCCCUACUGUUUAUGGCCGUGUCCGUCGCUUUAAUAACCGCAGAGUCCAAUGUUUAUUUCCGAGAGCAAUUUGAAGACGGAGACAGCUGGAGGAGCCGAUGGGUGGAAUCCAAGCAUAAGACCGACUAUGGGAAGUUUGUGCUUUCUGCAGGCAAAUUUUAUGGCGAUGCCGAGAAAGAUAAGGGUCUUCAGACCAGUCAGGAUGCUCAUUUCUACGCGAUGUCCGCUCGCUUUGGUGAUUUCAAUAACAAGGAUCAACCUCUCGUGAUCCAGUUCACUGUAAAACAUGAGCAGAGCAUCGACUGUGGUGGAGGAUACAUCAAACUUUUCCCAUCAGACCUCAAGCAGGAAGACAUGCACGGAGACUCUACAUAUAACAUCAUGUUUGGUCCUGACAUAUGUGGCCCCGGCACUAAGAAAGUACAUGUUAUCUUCAAUUACAAAGGCAAAAACCAUUUGAUCAACAAAGAUAUUAGAUGCAAGGAUGAUGAAUACAGCCACCUCUACACGUUAAUUGUCAAUCCAGACAACACAUAUGAAGUCAAGAUUGAUAAUAAGAAGGUCGAAUCUGGAUCUUUGGAAGAAGACUGGGACUUCUUGCCUUCCAAAAAGAUCAAAGAUCCUGAAGCCAAAAAGCCUGAAGACUGGGACGAGAGGGAGAAGGUUGAUGACCCUGAAGACCUGAAACCCGAGGAAUGGGACAAACCUGAGAACAUUCCUGAUCCUGAUGCCAAGAAGCCUGAUGACUGGGAUGAAGAGAUGGAUGGAGAGUGGGAACCACCAAUGGUCACCAAUCCUGAUUACAAGGGUGAGUGGAAACCCCGCCAGAUCGACAAUCCUGCUUACAAGGGGAAAUGGGUGCACCCUGAGAUUGAUAACCCAGAAUACACUGCUGACAGCGAGAUCUAUAAAUACGACAGCAUCGGAGUGAUCGGACUAGACUUGUGGCAGGUUAAGUCUGGCACCAUUUUCGACAACUUCCUAAUUACCAAUGACCCCAAGUUGGCAGAAGAGGUCGGCACUGAGACUUGGGGAGCCACAAAAGAUGCUGAAAAGAAAAUGAAGGAAAGUCAAGAAGAGGAAGAUAGAAAGAAACAUGAUGAAGAGGAAAAGUCAAGAAAGGAGGAGGCAAAGGAGGAAGAGGAAGAAGAGGAGAAGGAAGAUGAAGAAGAAGACGAGGAGGAAGAGGAAGAAGAGGAGGAGGAGGAAGAGGAAACAGACUCUAAACUCAAAGACGAGUUGUAGAUUUCAACAGGAUCUAAUGAAGAACGCCUCAUGACUGAUGGGGUACAGGAAAGAGAACUGGACUUAUGCUGGACAUUCCUUUAUUUUUGGUUGUGUGAUGGAUUCUUCUGCUGUUUUUUUUUUUGUCCCUUUUCACUACUACAAACCUAUUUAUAAAUUAACUUUGUCAUAAUUUUCAUUCUUACUUUGUCAAGUCUCCAAACAUUUCAGUCAGGGAGAGUAAAAAGGGAGCUAACGUGACCCAAGAGACCCACGCCUGUAUGUAAUAUCGUAGGAAUUCAGCGCUCUUGUUUACAAAUGAUAUCAGAUAUCCUGCUUGCUAAGCAAUUCUGUUACACGAAACUUGAAUCAUAACCAUCAUCAGCUGGUAGCUACAAUUCUCAGAUUACCUCAAGCUACAUUUACUUUUUGUUAAUAAUGUAGAGAAGUUUUGAGGUACUUUUGCCACUGUUUGUUUCUAUUUUACAGCUGUUACAGAAUAUAAGAAAGUGGUUUAGAUAGACGCCAACUCCUCUACAGCAUUUCGGCUUGGCAGUUGUGUAAGUGUGUGUUUGUCUUAAAGAGAAAGAUAGAGAGAGUUCUUAUCAAUUCAUAACUUUAUACUCGCUCUAUCAGUCUAACUGUAAUCAGGUUUAAACAAAUCUUUGUCAUGGUUUCCUGAAAACACAGAAGAUCUCACAAGCUCUGAUCAACACAAAUCAAAAUAUUCACUUACCUGCUUUGCUAUAAGCAUUAAACUGAAGAAUUUCCACAUCCUACUGAUUUGAAUGUUUGGUUAAAGCAAACCAAUAUCAACAAUUGUUCCUCUGAAUCUCUUCAGAUCUCAUAUGUUUACUUUGAGUUUAUUUAGCAAAUGUGGCAAUCAGGGAAUCUGUGGGGUGAUGAGAAACUCAAAGCUUGUAAGAUUCCAAGGGUGUUGGAAAGUUCCCCAUUGGUUCUAGUACCAUGUCUGCUCUCCAACCCAUGCUCUAGCCAUUGUGAAGAUUGCACUGCUGUACUGUUUCGGUCAGAUACUUCUCCAAGCAAAAUAGAUUGUGACCUUUUUUUUUUAAAAGAUAUAUUUUGUACUUUUUGUGUUCUGAAGGAUGUUCCUUGACAUUGAGAAAGAAAAGCUCUGGUAUGACAGUUGUUGUCCCAAUAAUAAAACUACAAAAAGAGUAAGAGACCCAA